CUGUCAUAACAUGAGAUAGCUACAAUUACUACGAGAGAGAUGGAAGGUCAGUGUUCUGAGAAUGAAAGUGCGAGGUUGGGAGGAGAAGAAGCAGUAGAAGAAGAUGAUGAAAUGUUGAAGAAGAGAAUCUCAGGCCACCCUUUGUAUGGGCUGCUGAUUGAAGCACACUUGAACUGUCUCAAGGAAGGUUAUUGCAUGGCACUAGGGAAGCUGAAGGAAGCCAUGGAGAAACCACUGCAAGAAACCACAGCUUACAUCGAUGCCAUGCACGCUAGACUCAGCGAGCUCAGUGUGAUCCCACCGCCCCUCUCGCCUCCUCAGUAGUAAACUCGCAGGUUUCAUCAUAUAUAUAUAUAUUUAUGCUAUGAGAUUAGAAAAGAUCAAAAACUGUACCAGGUACAAUGUUGCCUGCUCAUGACUUGGAUAAUCGAUGUCAAUAUUGGUCCAUCAGCACAAUUCUUGUUUUAUUA